UUCUCUACUACACACACAUGCACACUAGCUGCCUUGAUGUACACAUUGCUUUAUUCUUGGUCUUUGAGAGCAGCGCUGGUGUAGUAACACAUCAUUCGCAGAGAAAGUUCAGCUAGCCCAGGAAGGCCCAGAAGGAAGAAAAAUAUUGUCCACGGAUUUUCGGAGAUAUGCUGCCCGGUUUUGUACCUGCAUAGAGCGGAACUACAUUGUGCAUAUCCGGAAACUGCGGGUGGAGAAGCUGUCGUUCCGAUAGGAUAUCAGAUACUGUAAUCAUGUCCUCGACCAGUCAGAAUAGGGACACUGCUACGUUGGUUAACACCAUAGCUUCGCCAACGGUUACCAUGGUGUCAUCAUCGAUCUCAGGUUCCAUGAUCGACAGUCGGAAUGUGUACAAACUGUCCCCGACGAAGACAGGCAUAAUCAGCCCUCAGCAGCAGCAGGACAUUGUGAAAAUUAGACUCACAAAGGACGACAGUGGAACAGGUAUUGGCUAUACGAAGACGAUUAUCAGCACCGCUCAGACUUUUCAAGGUAAUCGACCAAGCAUUAUAAGUCAAGCGAACUCAUCACUAAUCGUACUCGAUAAGGAUAUGAAUCUAACCAUGAACAAACGCGACACUAUUAAAACAUAUUUCGUCAAGAAACCCCCGGCUACCGUUGAGCGGAUCGAUCCCGGUUCGCCACCAAAAAGCUCGUCCAAAAACGUUAAAAAAUCAAACCUCGUUUCAGAUAAGGCAGCUAGUAAAACCACACCGCAAAAAUUGAGCUUCAACCUAGCACAGCAGCCUACGUUACAGCUUAAAACUGCCCAAAACAAAAUUGUAUUGGUAAAAAUGCUCCCUAAAAUACCGCAGAGCGGUCCCCAAGUUAUUGCAGCCCCAACUUCAAGAAGUAGCGUCUCACCAACUACCAUUGCCCUGGCUAGGAGUGUUCAAGGCUUACGUCCGCUGCCGCCUAUGGUAUCACCCCCAAAAUCUACCAUUUCCGCGUACCUCGCAGCAAGGACACCUGAAAAGAAAGAAACUACUGGAUCAGAAAUCGCUAGGUCCGAGAGUAUGUCUUCAAUAUCUUCAAAUUUCACGCUGGCCACGAUACCAUCAACUACAGACAGUUUUACCGACAUAAAUAAACAACUCAGUACUACAGUAAGCAAUUGUAGUUUUGAGCAAUAUUCAACGACAGACAUACCACAGGAAUCUAAAACAGAGACGAGCUCUGGCGGAACAAUAAACGUUAGUUCGACGAUGGACGUGGGAAAUAACGACGAAAAUGAUGGCGUUGGUACAGCAAGUGCAAAAUUUUCACGUGAGAUGAAUAGUUUAAAGGCUUCGCAGAGCAGUUCUAAAAUUCUCACCGAGUUUAUGCAAGACUCAAUGUCAUCGGAGAAGCUACGUAAAAGACGUCGGUCACGAUACGAUGGAGAUGAUAGCCGGAGUUGUGGCAGCUCAACGCCCACGUCGCAAAAACGAAAUUCCGUUUGUGGGCGGGAUGAUGAAGAUAUGGAAGAUGGCAGUCCAUCGACCAGUAGUAAGCGCUCAGGAAUGCGGUCAGCGAAUGCUGAAUUUUCUAUGAAACAACGGAAGUUUCUCAGCAGCAUACAUCAGAAUAGUGAUGGAUCCGAUAAUUCUGACCACGAACAAGAUUCAACGAACCACAAGAAGAACUAUCAAAGUCAUGUACCAGUUGCGCCAAAGCCUGGAUGGGAUAAAUUCUGCUGGCGCUGCAAGACGUGUGAGCCGGGACUGGAGACGUGCGCUGGGUGUAUCCGGUGUUUUCAUCCGGUUUGUUUGAAGCUGAACCCAGCGUUUUUCAUUGUGGAGAAAAAAUGGAACUGUCCUGAGUGCAUCAAGUUGCAAUCAACUGAAGAAACAUGCUCAGACAUCGACGGCAAGCCGACGAAGGACAAACUCAAGAUUGACAGUCUCACCGUUUCGCUCAAAUUCGCUAUGAAACGAAUGCAGCAACUGAAAGGGAGCGAGAUUCUUUUUCCUUUGGAUCAGGAACUAUAUCCGAACUAUGACCAAUACGUGGUAAACCAUGUUGAUCUUGUAAUGCUGCAAAAGAAUGUCGAUGAUCAAAAAUAUCGUUCUACAGAUGCCUUCCAGACAGACGUGAGCUGGAUUCUGCAUAAUGCUUCGAUUUAUCCUAAUAAUAACAAGCUGUUACCAGUAGCAAAAGGUUUGCUAAAAGUCUGCAAACAGGAAAUGAAUGAAAUCGAAGCUUGCAACGAGUGUUACUUCAAUGCAAACACUUGCAAAACUUGGUUUACCGAAGUGUGCACUAAACCUCACUUGCUAGUGUGGGCCAAGUUAAAGGGGUUUCCCUUCUGGCCUGCGAAACUGAUGUCUGUGAAUAAUAAUCAGCUGGUAGAUGUGCGCUUCUUUGGAGAUCAUGAUCGGGCGUGGGUACCAAUCAAAGAAUGUUUACUAUUCUGUGAGAAAGACCCCAACACAAAACAGCAUCGUCGUUCCAAUAUGGCGGAAUGUAUGCUGGAAGCUGAUAGGUAUAUUGCAAAGUUGGAGAAAAAGUUUGGUCAAUUUCAAUAUGCCGAGUUUCGAACUCAGGUUGAAGCGAAUAAGUUAGAUGAACAUCUAGAAGCAAUGAUUCCUGGCGUAAUGAAAAGAAUUGCUGAGAAUGGAGAUUCUCAGAAGGCAAAGCUCAUGCUAAGGAUUAUUAAAACGGCAGAUAACUUCCUUUCGGUUUCGCCGGUGUCAACCAACCCCAUAAAGACAUCUACACCAAAAGUGGCUCGUAGUAAUAGCAUUGCGUCUUCGGAGAAAAUCAAGAAUGACGCUUUGGAAACCCCAAAACAGCAACCGCCCGAGAAAGUUGAACCAUUAGACGGACAAAGCUCACAGACAAACUCGGAAUCCAGCAAAAGUAGCAGUUUGGACUUGGCAACUGAACCAAACGCAACCCGGUCGUACAGCACAAGAAAACGGAAGAGUGUUAGCCCCUCCGAGGAAGUAGCUGCGAAGGAAACGAUUCCAGAAACGUCACGAGAGUUUAAAAAACGAAGCAAUCGAAACAUCUCUGAGCAUAGAAUAAAAGAUGAGAAAUCUGAAUCGAUUACUCCGGAAUCAUUGCCAGCCGCUGCACCACGUUGCUAUCCCAACAGAAAACGGAAAAGUGUCAGCCCAGCUAUGGACACAAAUAAAGAUCAGAAGCACAGUAAAGUGGAAUCAGUGGUAAUACAACGCGAAUCCGAUAGCUGGAAAACGGUACCGGCAACGAGAAAACGUAAGUCCAAAUCGAGAUCUAGUGACGACAGGGGGGAGAUGAAAGAAGCGAAAGUUACUGAAAUCAGUGGUACACAAACAUUGGGGGAAGAAACCAUACCAAAGCCACCGGUAAAGGAAGAUGAACAGACGAACACUCCCGCUAUUAAUGACGACCAAAAGAAUACUGUCUCUACGAGCGUUGAACACGUUCAAACAAUGGAUAAACCUCUCGCCAACAAAGAAAUUAGUAUCCCACUGGUUCCAUUAUCAUCAAAUGAAAUUAAAACUGAACCUACCGAGGAAGAACCUCCACCCGACCCAUUGCCAUGUGUUGAAAAUCCACCAGCAGUGCAACAAAUUUUACCUUCUAAUCAACUAGAACCAUCAACAGAGAAUGAUAUCUCCAAAAAUGCACCCUCCAUUGCUCCUAAUGAACUAUUACCAAUUAAAUCAGAACCAUUGUCGGACGAUGAUGGUGAAUCACUAAUGGCUAGUGAUACUACUGCAACGCCUAAUAUGAGCGAAACCUACAACCAGGUUGUGAACCCAAAUCAAGUACUGAUUCGUACUAGCAAUAGAAUAGUGGUCAAAGACAUCAACCAACUAACCAAUCAAAUUGGACCCCGUCCGAACACAGCCGUCAACACUAACGGACAACCGCUGGUCUUGACGCCCAUUGAGAAACCGAAGAGUUUGCCGAAAUCGCUCCCUAAACCACAAACUGCUAAUGUUCCACAAAAAUGUCGUAAAGUAGUACCCAAUCAGCCCAAUUUUACUCAUUUGAUCAGAUCAUCUGCGCAACAAAGUGGAAUGGCAGUUACAUUGACAAACAGUUUUCCUGGGGGCAAGAAUGGCAGCAGUAUGAUGCACAUGGUACACAUUCCAAGUCCACUUCCACCGGCUGGUGACCAACAAAUUCGAUCGGAUCAACCGAACGAUGCAGCACCAUCAAAUCCCGUCAAUCAGAAUCGGCCGCAACAGCAAGCAAAUUCCCAUGAUUCAGUUGCCCCUGCUAACGUCCCGGUUAGGAACUCAAUGCAGCCAGUACCAACAACCGUCAUAGGUACACCUAUCAAUGUUGCUUCAGCGGCAGGCACUUCAACGACUACAAGUCCAUCAGCGGGUGAAGGCCAACAUAUGAUGUCUGGCUUUAUUACACCCAGCCUUGCUGCUGCCGUUACAGAAACGAUAGUGUCUACACCACCGAAAAUGCAGUCACGACCAAGUGGUGCUCUGCGAUCGGAAGGUGAUUGUGUUUAUCCAUCGGGUGCGGGUCCCGUGUCACAAAUAUUAAUUAAUAACUCCUACAAGAUGGCCGACUUUUUCCGAUCCGUGAUCGAAGACACGCUGGCAGAUCUAUCAAACAACAGUGGUGCCCUGGAGGCGAAGGUCAAAGUGUUGGAGUUAGAAAUUGAAAAACUUAAGCAUUGUCAUCAGCAGGAGAUCACCAAGCUCAAACACAAUUCCGAUCUUGUGCUGUGUGAAAUGCGCAAAAAUAUGGACUUGGAGAAGGCUCGAAUCAUAAACGAGGUUCGCAAACAGUGCGAAAUCGAACGGAUUCGUGCCGUGGAAGAAGCUAAAAAGAAACAGUGGUGUAUCAACUGCGGAAAGGAAGCGCUAUUCUACUGCUGCUGGAAUACUUCCUACUGUGAUUAUCCGUGCCAACAGCAGCAUUGGGCUACUCAUAUGAACAAUUGUACGCAAAGUCAGUUCAAUUUGCCGAGCACAGCGAUUGCCAGUAAACCAUCGAAUGUGAUCAACAGUAAAGUGACUGCUCAGCAUAUCACUACGCCAAAGAUCACCACCGUCCAGACAUUGAAUUUGAAUGGACGAUCUGGUCUGACGAUACAACCUGCUCAGCAGCAUCAGACCCAACAGCAGCAACACCAGGCCCAACAACAGCAAAUUAUACUCCCACUGGCGCGAGGCGGAGCUCAACUUGGCAAAGGACAGCCCUUCCAACGAUUGAUGAUCAAUCCGGUUGGAGUCAGCCAAUCUUCACCGUACACAAUCGUUGCCAACACAUGGUCACAGCAGAGUCCUUUGUCGACAGCAACGAUAAAAUCGACAGGGACGACGGUCACUGGCAGGGAGCAACCAAAUACUGGCCCCAUUCCAACCCCGGUAGGACUGCAGACAAGUUCGAGUUUUGCUGCGUCUGCUGCAAAUGUUGGCUGUCAGACGCGGCUUAGCUCCGCUGCCAAACAUUCACAAGCGGAUAAAUGUUUCGUCGGUUCCAAGUGAACUGGUUCUGUGGUGGAAUAAAAUGAUACAUAUUCCAAACACUAUGUACAUAUUACCAUAUUGUAGGUAUUGAUCAGAUUAAAGAUAUUAGACUUAAAAUGAUUGCUUUUUAGUAGCGCGCAGACAAAUAAUGAAGACGUCAUAUUAACGUUAAUAAAGAAAUUUCACUGCAGAUGAUAAAGUAUUUCCUUUUAAUUAAACAAUCUGUGAGUUACAUAUAAAUGAGAUUGCAAUACAUGAAUUUAUGAAUGUCGAAAAGAUGAUCUAUCAGCAACGAAA